UAGCGUCCAUUCGCAGCGGCGUGUCUGUCAACAGUGUCAACAAAGUCAAUUAUCCCCAACGUUCUUUAAGUUUGAAUUUAUUGAAUAAAAAGUGGAAUAAUAUUUUGAUAAUCUUAAAAAGUUUCACUUCUUAUUGAGAUGGCAGACGUAGAUGAGAUUAUUGAUUAUAUAAAGUCACUAAAGAAAGGGUUUGACAAAGAUCUAUUUCAGAAUAAAAUUGAUGAACUAGCUUACGCAGUUGAUACAAGUGGUUUACAAUACAAUGAUUUCCAUACUUUGUUUAAAGUUUGGUUGAAUUUAUCUAUUCCGAAAACAAAAUGGGUGAAUUUGGGUGCCUGCAUUGUACCCCCAGACAGUGUUGACGAUCGUACCGUGGAAUAUGCUCUGAGUUGGAUACUAUCUAAUUACGAAGACCAGUCGAGCUUCACACGGAUAGCAUUUUUACUUGACUGGCUCACAGCUGCCAUGGAAUGUGAAUGUAUUGAUAUGGACACUCUGGAAAUUGGAUAUGAUGUUUUCUAUGUCAGUUUGUCUUAUGAAGUUCUUUCACCGCAUGCAAUGAAGCUUGUGUAUACCCUCACAAAACCAAUUGAUGUCACUAGAAGGAGGGUCCUUGAAUUACUUGACUAUGCCAGGAAAAGAGAGACUAAAAAGACUUUGUACAAGCAACUACAGGUCCUUCUAGGACUAUUCAAGUCAUACAAACCAGAAUGUGUUCCUGAAGAUGUACCAGCCAUCUCUGUACAUACAGCCUUCAAAAAGGUCCAUACUGACCUCCUUGCUAGAUUCAAGAGGAACCAGGAAAACAGAAACACAUUGCGCAAGGAAAAGCAUCAUUUGACAUGGAAUAAUCCUAUUAAUUCAGAGCGUGGAAGAAAUAAGAAAGCAGAGCCAUUGGUUCCAAAUAUGGAGUUUUUCAGUAUUGGCUCUAAACAGUAUGCAAGUGACAAGGAAAGAGAAUUCCUGGAUUUUACAGAUCCGGUAUCAGUGCUUCAAUGCGGCUUGCAAAGUUCGGCGUCUCGUCCGGCGCGGGUCCGCGCGCUGCUGUGCAACGCGACGGGCGUGGCGCUGCUGGCGGUCGCCUCGCAUGACGAACAGGAACUCUUGUCACAUGAUUUACAUCAUCUACUUAAUAACUGUUUCCUCAGCGUCUCACCUCACACGUAUAUACAGAAGCAAGACCUACUACAUCGGCUUGCUAUACUGCAGCAAACACUGAUGCAAGGCAUACCUGUCAUCACCAGGUUCUUGGCGCAGUACCUGCCCUUGUGGAACGAAAAGGAUUAUUUUGCUGAGAUAUUGCAGCUAGUGGAGUGGGUGAGCUCGGAUAGUCCGCAGCAGUUGCCGAGUAUCCUGGAGUCUCUCACCAAGAUAUACCAUCGAGCCCAGCCCCUAGAGCAGUGUGCUAUACUCAACAGCUUCAACCAUAUGUACUCUAAUCUCGUAUACUGCAGUACUAGACCUCGCCUGCACUUCAUGGGCAUUUCACCGCCAGCUGAGAGUUACAGCUCCAUAUUGAAGAUGGUGGCAACGGCUAUCAGUGACAUGUGUAACAAGGAGUUACAAGUUAAUCCAGACGACAUGACAGUGCUGCACAGCUCGGUGCACAGCGCCAUGUGCCGCGCGCGCAGCAGCGCCGUCCCCCGCGCCACCGCGCCGCUGUGCGCGGCGCCGGCGCUCGCCCUCGCGCUGCCGCUGCUGGCCUGCUCCGCCGCGCUACUAGAUAGUGUCGCCGGACUCAUGAUACUGUACAAAAAUAUAAUCUCAACCAUGAAAAAAUCGAACACGAUAACCAACGAUGGAGAAUUCGAAAAUCAAAUGCAGAUUCUCCAAGCGUACACAACGGACCUCGUCAACUGUGUGUACAGUGAAGAAUUUCUCAGCGCCAGAAAACAAGGCUUUGUGUUCAAUAAAAUGCAUCCACAGCUAGUUGGCAAACUAGCUUCGUUAAUGCCUGAUGUAGAUUCUAAAUUAAGUAUAAGAAACAGUAUUGCUUUUGCCCCCUACACUUAUGUACAGUUGGACGCUAUAGAUCAUCGGGAUGCGGACAACAAAUUAUGGUUCAAUGCCGUCGUUGGUCAAGAGUUCACGAAUUUGAGCAGGUUUCUUAAGAAAGUGGUGACGGAGUUGCGCUACCAGUAAAUCGUAACAGUAAUUAAGAUUAUGUUAUAGAAAUUAAAUAGUACUAGUUAGUAUAGCCUGUGUUUAGGCGAAAUAUCAAUUAUGUAUGUGAUUUUGAAAAUUAUGCAAGUGUCCCUCAAAGAAAGAUUAGUGUAAGAUUUCAAAUCAAUUUCAUUUAAAAGCACAAUAAAAAGUCUAGGUUUUGACAAAGUAAUUUGACGUAAUCUGUAGACAGAUCAAACAUGUGGAUUUUUUUGCCGUUAUAUGCUAGGUUUUUCCGAACCGAGAGUUACCGCGCAGAAAACCCCCAGUGUGAAAGCGCUAUUAGGAGGAAUCUUCUAAUUUUUUAUUGUCUUCAACGGUUUAAAUAAAUAUUUGAUGCCACAGAGUAUUUUAAGAAUGGACCAAUUAGAGUUACAUAGUUAAAGUAAUAUUUUAGUUUUUUAGAACUGUAAGAAAAUUAAACCUGACAUAAAGUACCUAAGUUCGUGCUAAGUGAUGUGCCUAAAUUGUAAUUAGGAAAUAAUCUCAAAAUGAUUAUGAAUGUUAAUUGUCAUCCAAUAUUAUAUACGUUUUAACAUUUUUAAUAAAUAAAAAGUGACCAUAAAUUUUGAA